AUGACAAUUAUCACCUUGGCAUGCAUAUACACUGGCAUUCUUGCUGUUACACUGUGGAAUAUAUUCAUCAAUAAAUGUUUGCCAACCCGCCAAGUCCUAGUCGUCAUUAUUAUUCUCCUCCAUGCUUUGGAUACUAUCUCUUUUGCUGUCACAUGGUCAUAUAUAUACUCUGCAUUCAUCCAAAAUGGACAAAGUUUUUGGACUGUAUACUUGAAGUUUGAUACUGUGAACCAUGCAGUCAAUUUGGAGGCGGGUAUUACAGGCUGCAUGAGUACCAUUCUUGCAGACUCAUAUAUUAUUUGGUGCUGUUGGAUAGUUUGGGGACGGUGCUGGCUUAUUGUUCUGCUCCCAAUCCUUUCCCUAAUUUCUGCAAUAGUGAUUAAAAUCAUCAAUGUAUAUUAUGGGUACUUUGGUGCAUCAAGCUCAGUAUUUCUUAUGCCCUACACAUCCCUCAUCCUGGCAACAACAUUAUGGUGCACGCUACUCAUCAUUUUCCGCAUUUUGACUGUUACCAGGGUUAGACAUGGAGGUGGCGGCCGACUGAGAGUUUAUCACCGUUUUAUUGAAGUGCUAGUGGAAUCCUCUGCUCUCUAUUCGAUAUCUCUGAUCCUAUAUCUGGCUUUCUACAUUAGCAAUACUUUUGGAUGGUAUUAUCUUGAUGGUAUAGCUAGCAUUGCAAGGGGAGUUGCACCCACACUCCUGCUUGGCAGAGCAGCUGCAGGACACACACGCCCAACUGAAGAACAAGAUGAAAGUGCAACAGUAUCGACCCUUCAGUUUCCAAAUGUCUUCACAAUCAUCUCAACCUUCGCAACCUUCCACUUCAAGCCUUCAGGAAUCCGCAAGGCAGAGCACAGUCCUUGAAAUGGAUGUUGAAGCCCAGACAGAGCAGUUGGAUGAGCUUGUGGUGGUUGUUGAAAGGGCACAAUAGAACUCAUGGCAAACAUCUGAAAGUCGGGGUGAGACUUUGGGCUUGAUUUAGACUGUAAUUUUUUGUCAUGCUAUC